AUGUGUGUUGCGCCAUGGUGGUGUAGAAAUACAGUUAAUGCGAUUGUUGGUAAACACUUGCAGCCAUCGAGUCGCCCGUGGAGCCGUUUGCAAUGCGCCGUCAGAGGAGGCUUUCCAUCGACGUACGGUGUCUUCCAGGAGUACUACACCAGCAAUGACUUCGCUGGAUCUAGCAACCUUGCCAUUGUGGGUGCCUGUGCGAUGGAUAUCAGGUACAUGGACAUCACUGUCUGGUUCAUGGUCCUCAAGUGCUACCCGCGCCUUCGUCCAUGGGCAACACCAGUCGGUCUCGUUGUCAUUGUCUCUCAUCUCAUCCUUACCCAAGGAAUCAUCUACACACUUGGUGGUGGACUAGCCUGGACACCUAUCCUGUUCCACACCGAGGAAUGGUGGGCUCGACGACGAGGCUUUGCUUACGGAAUAACUAUGGCCGGCCUUGGUCUGUCCGGUGCAAUCCUACCAGUCAUCCUGGAAUGGCUUCUUCAAAGUUGUGGCUUCUGUACCAUGCUGCGAAUCUGCGCACUUAGCUUUGUCGUUUUGAACUUUCCAAUCCUCCUCCUCUUCAAGCCGCGACUGCCGCAGUCGCAUGUCAACUUACCGUUCAAGUUUGACAUGUCAUUCUGGACUCACUCGAAAUUCCUGACCCUACAGUCGUGCAACAUCGUGCAGGGCAUUGGCUACUUCCUGCCCGCGAUCUACCUGCCUACUUUCGCCAGAUCACUCGGCGCCAGCACGAUCGAGAGUACUGUAACGAUCAUCCCUUUGAACGCAGCAGCAUCCGUAGGAUCUCUGACCGUGGGCGUGGCGGUCGAAAAGUACGAUGUCGUGAACUGUCUUCUUGUAGCGGCAAUAGGUUCAGCUACUGGUAUCUUCAUCCUGUGGGGCUUUUCUACAUCACGGGCACCACUCUAUAUUUUCAGCAUCGUUUACGGUGCAUUCCCCGGCUGCCAGGCGAGCAGUUGGAGCGGGAUCAUUCGGGAUACGAAAGACAAGCACAUCAGUGCUGACUCUGGCAUGAUUUUCGCCUUCUUGUCUGCAGGCAAGGGCGUAGGCAACCUCGCUUCUGGUCCUCUCUCUGAAGCUCUCCUUCAUGCAGAGAACUUCAGAGUUGGCUUUGCAUACGGCAGCGGCUAUGGCGCACUCAUUGCUUUCACUGGCGCAACUGCUCUGCUUAGCAGAUGGAGUUACAGAGUGAAAUGCUUGUCCUGUUUCCUCUGA